AUGAGUGCGUGUGUUGCUGUGACGAACGCAGAAGAGGAGGACAGCGAUGUGGACGCGUGGGCGGUGGAGCUUGAGGCGGCGCUGGACUGUGGACGGGUCAAUUGUCGUCGCUUCUCGUCGCGACUCACGGACAUUUUGCGUCCCUUGGACUCGAAAGCAGUGAUACUGGCGCCGGAUGUGGAGGAGGAACCCUAUGCAGCAUACGGUCAGAGCCACUUGUUUACGAAAGCGUACGCGCACAAGGCACGAACGCUGCUAUUCACCCUGAAGGAUGCACAGAACGUCGACCUGUACAACCGACUCGUGUCGGGUGAGCUGCCGACGCAAAGUCUGGUGCGCAUGAGCGGCCCCGACAUGGCCAAUCCGCAGCUCGUGCGUCAGCGGAAGGAGUGGAUCAAGAAGCGCACGCACGAAGUGAUGCGCGAAGGUCGCGAAGUCGAGGGCUUUGAGUCGAAUCUGUUUGAGUGCCGCAACUGCGGCAGCUCACGGACACGCUAUCGCCAGUGGCGUCGCAAAGCUGUGGUAGACCGUACGCGGAUCAUCAUCAUAUGUCUGAGGUGUCCGUAUCGAUGGGAGCUGUCGCCGGCUGGUAGAGCACCAGGACCGAGCCGUUCUCCGGGAAGCAAAUGCAGCAUGAGGCGCUGCAGGUCGUGUGCAGCACUUAUGCGAAUCGGUCAAAUUGCUGGACACUAUCACUGUCAUGAACAGCUCCGAAGCCGGCGACUACGAGACUUUUUCAUCAUCAAGCUGUACGUCAAUCGCGAGUACGCUACGCAGGAGUUCGACUUUGGCUUGGCACUGCAGAAGCUGCGAUGCGCUCACGCCGCUUCCACGGACCACGACCUCACAGGUCAAGUCGUGUGGCUAGUCUCAGCUUUCCUAGCAUGGUACCUCGUGGCCCACCGUGAGGAACUUGCUGGCAAGACAGUCGUCGAACUGGGCGCUGGCACAGGCCUCAGUGGUCUUCUCGCGUCUCAAUUGCGUGCAGCUCACACCGCCUUGACGGACGGCAACGACAUUGUGCUGGAGCUGCUGAAAGAAAAUGCCGAGACAAACGCCGACCCGAGCAAGUGCAGACGAUCAAGUACUUGCUGUUGCGCUCGCGCGAACGAACCACUGGCGACCAAGUUUUGCUGCGGAUUCGUGUGCUGUGCGCAGUCGACAGAAGAUCUGCUGUACAAAGAGACAUCGGCGUUUGUCGUUCGGUUCGAGCGCGUCCAAGAAGACACAUUUCUUCCUGCGCCGCGACCAGCUGAUGUGAUCUCGAACCGUGAACUGCAGCUGAUCGUGUCAACGUUGGACCCGCACAAGGCUAAUAAUUGGGACGAGUCCGUAACAUUUGGUGACGAUGAGCUGAAAAACAUGCAAAUUGUUUGCUAG